AUGCGUUUUCCUGUGGAGACUGUCCUGAUGCUGCUGGCCGCUUUGUUGUCUUUAGACCGUCGUUGGGCUGAAGUGUGCCACCUGUCCAGCUUUAAUAAGCUUUCCUGGUGGUUUCUCAUAGUUUCUGGUGGGUUGAGGAACACCUCAUCAAACAGGAGCUUCAGGAUCCUGGAGCUUCAGGAGAAAGGUGACCUGGACAUCAUGAAGCAAAAGUGGUGGCCUCGCACCGGCCGCUGCGACCUAGACAGCCACGCCAGCGCCCACCCCGACGGCCGCUCCCUCAAGCUGCACAGCUUCGCCGGCGUCUUCUGCAUCCUGGCCGCCGGCCUGCUGCUGGCCUGCCUCGUGGCCGGGCUGGAGGCUUGGUGGAACAGCAACCGCUGCCGCCAGGAGCAGCCCAAAGAGGACAAGGAGGUGAAUCUGGAACAGGUGCAUCGUCGUAUGAACAGUCUUUUGGACGAGGACUUGGCGCACAAGCAGAUCCCCGGCCCCUCUAUCGAGAUCUCUGCGCUGGACAUCGGCAGCAUGCAGCCCAGCCAGGCCUCUCAGAUGCCGGGGCCGGAGUCCGUGCGGGACUACCCGCACUCGGGCCUCGCUGUGACCACCUUCCUCCCAGGGGAGGGGGGGCCGCCUCCUCCUCUUCCCCACCCUCACCAUGGGGGGACCCUAGGCAGGACACAUCAUCUGUCCCAGGGCCCUGGCAGCAACACGUUGCCCCUGCACCAACAGCUCAGCAGCGGCACCAUGCAGUGCAAACACAGGGCGCCCAACGGGGGGCUCUUCCGGCAGAGCCCUGGCAAGACACCCAUGCCAAUGUCCUACCAGGCAGUCUCCGCAGGACCCAUACCCGAAGCCAUUGAGGCCACCCACAGUACAUCCAUUUAGGGAUAGAAAAAAGGGGACGUGGGGGUGGCAGGACAGGGAGGGGUCA